CACAAGAAAAAAAAGAAAGCAGGAAAAAGAAACAAAAGCUAGUUAGAACUGCUCUGUUUCAAGAACUGCAAAAAUGGCUUUCAGCUUCAAGCUUGACACUGCAAAUCCCAGUUUCUUCACCAUUACUAACAAGUCAAUCCAUGACCCAUUACUGAAAAUUGCAACAAAAAGACGAAUUUUGGGUUUUAAGGUCUCUGCUUCUUCUUCUUCUUCGAGUAGUAGUAGUAGUAGAAGUGCAGAGGUAUUUGAAGAAGGACAACUUGAAAGACCUCGAUGGUCAGGGGAAACUCCACUUUCACGUCUUGUUGGAACUCUCAUUUCCAUCAAACCUCUAUUUUCUAUACUCAAACUUGGUGCUAGACAGGUUUUUAUAAGUACAGCUGAGAAAACUAAUAUUCCAUGGACAGAGAUGACAAAGGAGAUACUGGAUUCGGAUGUUUACAAAGAGUUGGAGAGCAUUGAGAAUCCUGCUAUUGUCUACCCUGAUUAUUAUCUCAAUCCCUUCCACGCGUAUGAUGAGGGCAACCUGUCCUGGCUGGCUGCAGCUGAAGCAGACGCCGCAACUAUGUCGAUGGUGAGACGUGCAAUACCUAAUGCAUCUUCACUUGAAGAAGCAAACCAGAUAGUGCGCGGAAAUUGGCUUGAUGCAAUAGAAAAACAUCAUCAGCAAUAUUCAGCAGAUUUCUCAAUCAGAGACAUUCUUGACAUUGGAUGCUCGGUUGGUGUGAGCACUGGAUACCUUGCAGACAGAUUUCCUUCUGCUAAAGUGACUGGUUUGGAUCUUUCACCUUAUUUUCUUUCUGUUGCUCAAUAUAAAGAAAAGAAAAGAAACCAGAGAAAGAAUCCUAUCAGCUGGAUACACGCAAACGGUGAAAACACUGGCUUGCCUUCCGAAUCAUUUGAUCUCGUUUCAAUUCCUUAUGUGUUUCAUGAAUGUCCUGAAAGAGCAAUAAGAAAUAUAGUGAAAGAGUCAUUCCGUCUGCUUCGACCUGGAGGAACUAUUGCUAUAACUGAUAACUCGCCAAAGUCGAAGAUUCUUCAGGAAUUACCACCAGUGCUGUUUACAUUGAUGAAGAGCACAGAACCUUUUCUGGAUGAAUACUACCUGACUGAUCUUGAAAGAGUGAUAAAGGAAACUGGUUUUGCUAAUGUACAAACUGUUCUCACUGAUCCCAGACACAGAACUGUUACUGCCACCGUCCCUUACUAACAUUCUCCCCUUACUUGCUGAGACAUGUUUUCGGAAACAACCUCUCUAUCUCCACGAGGUAUGGGUCAGCUCUACGUAUACUCUACCCUCCCCAGAUCCCACUAGCGGGAAUCCACUAGGUAAGUUGUUGUUGUUGUUGCUGAGACUUGUUUGUUAGCCAUCAGUGCUCAGGAAAUUGUAAGGGAAAACAUUUAUAAUCUGUAAAGUUGGAACUGAUAUUUUUUUUUCAGAAGAAAAGAAAAAAAAUGCAGAAAAUUUAAAUAGUGCUAGUGAA